GUAGUGUCGAAUUGCAAAAAUGGACUGAAGUACCAUGGAUGAAAGUCGAUUCUUCUGAUAUCAGGGAGGGAGAGUCAGUGAACCUGCUUUGCGGAGUUCCCAUUGAUUACACCGGAGGCUUCUGUCGCCUCUACAGAAACGGGGAGAAGGACCCUUUAAAAACACUGCAGACUAACUCCUACGUAUGUGAGUUCACUAUGUCCUCACAUGAACUUUUGGCUGGGAGACCCGCUGGGACCAGAACGACAGUUGAGUGCGACUACACACUGCAAAACUAUGUGUCCAUGCGCGGCAGUGCAGCAGUGGUGGUGUGGGGCACUGCUGAAAAGCCAGCGCUGAAAAUUAGUCCACAGGUGGUCAUGCUUGGAGGCAGGGUCCAGGUGGACUGUGAACCCCCCCGGUCGUUCCGUGCUUCUGAAUGUAUGGUGUACAGAGACAGAUUUUACCUGCAGGGAAUCCCAUGCAGCCAUCAGAUUACAGCGGAAAGGCUAAUGCUGUGGCAGCCCAUCUCCUCAAUGAGACUAUUCAAUGAGAUCUCUGUUAACUGCAAGUACAAAAAGGAAGAAUACAUUCGAUCAGAUCGAAGCAAUCCCAAGAAGAUAUUGGUAAUAGAUCCCUCAAAGUUGCAGAUUUCCUCAGACCAGACAAAUGGAACAUUUGUCUGUGAGGUCCCAGCCCGUGUUCAGGACUUUGUGCUGCUGCACACAGGCAAUAAGACCCUCAACCUGGAGAUGGGUGGCAAACUCGUGCUUGAAGCCAUAAAUAACAGCACAGGCCCAUUUAAUCAGACAUGUCUAAGCAUUUAACCUGUCUACUAUGUGCUUUAUAUACUGGCAUCUGCCAGCAAAUGAAUAGACCAUAGCUUACAUAGGUAUUAGGUACUCGGUUCAUUUUAAAUAGCUGCAUUCUAGCCUGAGUGACACAGGACAUUUCAAAAGUUUGCAACAAUGCAGGUAUUAAUAGUAAUGCGAGAGUACAAUGAAUUAAGUUAUCUUCGUAAUGUUAAUUUUGGAAACAUAUGGAAAUUUUGCAGUCAACUUUUCUGAAAUUUCCUCAGAAGAAUACUGCAGAUCACCUGGACUAAAUCUCAGGUGAAGAACUGAAGUUUUACCUGUGAACAAGGUUUUAAACUGGAAUUGUAUCAGAAAAUGUCAAGCCACAUAAAGGGAUAAAAUGUUGGUUGUGUUACCAUUCCGAAUAAGGGUGUCUUCAAAGUAAAUAAACAAUGUGAAAAUAA